AUGCAGGUUGCCAUGGCAAGAGAAAAUAUGAGUUUCCCAAACAUGUUUGUCUUGUUGGGCUUCUCAGAGCAUACAUGGCUAGAGAUUCCCCUCUUUGCAGUGAUCCUGGUGUCGUACAUUCUCACCCUGAUGGGAAACAGCUCCAUCAUCCUUCUGUCCAUGGUGAACCCCAGACUCCAGACCCCCAUGUACUUCUUCCUGGACAAUCUUUCUGUGCUAGACCUCAUUGUCACAGGCACCAUUGUGCCACAGCUUCUGGACAACCUCUGGGGCCUGGAGAAGACCAUUGCUUCCUGGGGCUGCAUCACACAAGUCUAUAUUUUCAGCUGGACAGCCUGUACUGAAUGUGUUCUGCUGGCAGUGAUGGCCUUUGAUCGCUAUGUGGCAAUCUGCCAACCCUUCAAUUACACUGUCAUCAUGCACCCCUGGGCUUGUGUGCAGCUAGCAGCAGCAUCCUGGUCCAGUGGCCUGGCCAGUUCUCUGCUUCAAUCCACACUCACCCUCCAGCUUCCUUUCUGUGGGAGGCACACCCUGGACCACUUCUGCUGUGAGGUACCAGCUCUGAUCAAGUUGGCCUGUGGUGACACCACUGCUAAUGACCUGUUUCUGGCCUUAGGAGCCAUCCCUUUUGCACUGAUUGCUCCCCUACUUGUGCUCAUCUCCUACACCUUCAUUGUGAAGGCUGUGCUGAAGUUACCUUCAGCUGAGGGAAGGCACAAGGCACUCAGCACCUGCAGCUCCCACAUGGUGGUUGUCACAAUGUACUUUGGGCCAGCUAUCUACAUGUACCUCCAGCCCCCUGCCAACAGCACUAAGGCCAAGUUCUUGUCUUUAUUCUACUGUGUCAUGACCCCUCUGCUCAAUCCACUCAUUUAUACCCUGAGAAAUAAGGAUGUGAAGAAAGCAUGGAAGAGGAUCCUACAACUUCAGGGUGGAGGGAAAUUUUUCAAAGCCACAUGA